AGAUUGCGCGCACUCACCCUGUGCGAGUGACAGAGGCACGCAGACUAAACCGCUAGAUUUGGGAUUUACGCACGAGUAGAACUGCGCUCUUCUUGUUCGAAUCAGCGCCUUUUCUUUUCCAACACUUGAAAGCUAUACUUUUUCACACCCGUGGACGCCUCCAGAAUCUGGGAAUCCACUGGGGGUCCACAUCUCUCGCACUUCUUCAUGACACCGUGGUUCUGGAAUAACUUUUAGCUGAGAUAAAUCUGGACACUCCUCAGUCCAAUUGCUGUGGAAAUCCGUAUCAGCAACUCCGACUUUUGAAGAACAGCGCGUACUUUUGUGUCCUCUGUACCGACGCGCGUAACUCUUGGAUUUAUGAGGCAUAUGGAACGGAGGAACUUGUGUGUCCGGGCUGCCAGCGCCUAACGGGACGCUGACGGGAUGACUGCACGGUGACGUGAGUUUGCUGCUGAGUGGAGAAGAUCCCCAUUCAUUCCACAGCCAGAAUAAAUCUGCCUUCUCCUCCUCACUGAGGAGAAAUGGGAUGACUGGAGGAGGAGGUGCAGCUGAGGUGACAUCCAGCCGAAAGACAAUGUGUGCGCCCGGCGUCGGCAUCCCUCUGCUGCCGGGACGCGUGGUGCUGAUGCUGCUCCUGCUGUGCGCCUCCGAGCCCAGGCUGUCCCGGGCGUGCCCCGGCCUCCUCGCCUCCACCAGCGGCUGCAGCUGCACAGAUGAGCGCUCCAAAGCGCACAGCGUCCAGGCUGCGGGGAAACGGGUCAGCUGCAGCAAGGCGGAGCUGUCGGAACCUCCAGAUGUCAGCCUGCUUCCAAACAGAACCGUCACUCUGAUACUGAGCCACAACAAAAUCCGUUUGUUGAGAAAUGGAUCCUUCUUUGGACUUUAUGCUUUGGAGAAGCUGGACCUUAAGCACAACUUAAUCAGCACCGUUAUGCCCGGAGCCUUCCAGGGCCUAUUUGAGCUUCGGAAACUUGACUUGUCCAACAACCGCAUUGGGUGCUUGUCUCCAGAAAUGUUCCAGGGGCUCACCAAUCUCACUAAACUGAAUCUCUCUGGUAACAUCAUAUCAACUGUGGAUCCAAGUGUGUUCCAGGAACUACCGUCCCUCAAGCUAGUGAACUUCAAUUCAGACUACCUGUCAUGUGACUGUGGGUUGCAGUGGGUUCCAGGCUUCAUCCGCAGCAGUUCCACCAGGGUGGGUGAUGAGACACUGUGUGCCUAUCCUAGGACCCUGAGGGGAAAGCCCCUGCGUGGACUCCGUGAAAGCCAGCUGACCUGUGACGGCCCUCUGGAGCCGCACACCCUGUCUCUGCUGCCGUCCCAGCGUCAGGUGGUGUUUGAAGGUGAUCGGCUUCCCUUCCACUGCACCGCUGCCCUGAUAGACCAAAUCACCACUUUGCACUGGCGCCACAAUGGUCAGCUGGUCACCUCUGACCCAGACAUGGGGAUCCAGCUGGAGAAGAGCGUGCUGCAUGACUGCACGUUCAUCACCAGUGAGCUCAUUCUAGCCAACAUCCAUGUGGAGGCCAGCGGGGAGUGGGAGUGUGUGGUGUCCACUGGGCGGGGCAAUACGUCACUCAGCGUUGAAAUAUUGGUGUUGGAAAACAGCGCCUCCUUCUGCCCAGAGGAUAAAGUUAUCAACAACCGAGGAGAGUUCAGGUGGCCUAGAACUCUGGCGGGCAUCACCUCCCACCAGUACUGCCUGCAGCUGCGAUAUCCUUCCCUCCCAGUGGAGGGCGGUAUGGAGCAGAAAAAAGCCUCUCGUUACUGUGACCGCACCGGAAAGUGGAAGGAAGGAAACUACUCCAACUGUCACUACACGAAUGGCAUCACCCGAGUCCUGCAUACAUUUAUCCUGGUCAGUGCUACCACCAAGAGGCCCAUCAAUGCAUCUAAUGCUGUCACGGUGGCGCAUCAGGUGCGGACAUACACACUGGAGGCUGCAGGCUUCACUGACUCUGUGGAUGUGUUAUACAUGGCGCAAAUGAUGGAGAAGUUCAUGGAAUACGUUGGACACCUACGAGAGCUGUCGGAGGUGUUGGUGCAGAUGGGCAGUAACCUGAUGCAAGUAGACGACCAGAUCCUGGGACUUGCACAGAGAGAGAAGAGAGCCUGCAGCUCCAUAGUCUAUUCGUUGGAGACACUAGCCUGGCCUCAGCUACACAGUCAUGCUCAAGACUUCUCCAUGGUGUCCCGGAACAUAGUGAUGGAGGCCCACCUAAUUCGACCCUCUCACUUUACCGGCUUAACUUGUACUGCGUAUCAGCGCCGUGAGUCCUUAACAGCUAGUGUGGGAGUGGAAGUGGGAAUGGAGUCCAUCCCUGAGCAGCAGCUCUGUUUCCGCUGCAGCACUGGCUCCCACAACAUGUCCCUAAACAAUUUUUCCAUGAAGAAUACAGUAGCUCUGGCCUCUGUGACUCUCCCAGCCUCCCUGUUUCCUCCUGAUGCUCCUGCAAACUGUAAGCUGCAGUUUGUAGCCUACAGAACAGGAAGCUUUUUCCCCGUGACCGGGAACUCGAACAGUGCAGGGGAACCCUCCCGCCGGCGUAGCGUCAACACUCCUGUCAUCUUUGUAGGCCUAGACGGCUGCAACAUGUGGAACCACUCGGAUGCCAUAUGGGUCUCUCUGCGCCACCUGUCCCCUGGUACUGAUGCUGUGGCAGCCCAGUGGAGCCUGAAGGCGCAGGAGAGGCAAGGAGGAUGGAGCCAGGAAGGCUGUCAGCUGGUCCACAGUGACAGCAGCAUCUCCACAAUGCGCUGCUCGCUGCUGAGCAACUAUGCCGUGCUGCAGGAGGUGCCUGACUUCCCCACCUCAACACCCAUCUCUGUCAGAGUACUCCACCCUGUGGUCUACACGUGUACUGCAGUGCUGCUCCUUUGUCUCUUCACUAUUAUCAUCACACACAUUCUACACCACAGCUCCAUUCACAUAUCAAGAAAAAGCUGGCACACAAUCUUGAACACCUGCUUCCACAUUGCCAUGACAACAGCCAUCUAUACGGGUGGAAUAAGCUUGACCAGCUACCCGGUGGUUUGUCAAGCGGUGGGAAUCGCUCUGCACUACUCCUCGCUGUCCACGCUGCUGUGGAUCGGAGUCAGCGCCAGGGUCAUCUACAAAGAGGCGGUUUGGAGAAUUCCUCAUCAGCCGGACGGAGAGUCUCCUGCUCCACCAACUCAGCGACCUAUGCUCCGGUUCUACUUGAUAGCUGGUGGAGUUCCUCUCAUCAUUUGUGGGAUCACCGCCGCUGUCAAUGUCAGUAACUAUGGCGACAACAGCCCUUACUGCUGGUUGGUGUGGCGCCCCAGUCUGGGGUCUUUCUUUGUCCCUGCUGGUCUAGUGGUGUUGGUGACCUGGAUUUAUUUCUUGUGCACUGUGUUCCGCCUGAGGCACCGCAUGACCAAAGAAUGUGCAGGAACCUCGCUCCCCUCUCCUGUGACUGAGAGUCGACCUGCUUUACAAGGAAGCUCCAGUCUGCUCUCCACAGACUCUGUCGUGGGCCCUGUAAACCCUGUUGUGGCUCCAGAGGACCAGUACACUCUGAAGACCCAGUUCUUGGUGCUAGUAGCCACCCACUUUCUUUAUGUUGCAUUGUGGUGUUGUGCAGCGAUGGCGGUGUGGCUGUCAGGACAUACCAGCUUGUUGUUCAGUUGUCUCUACGGGAUGACCGCCAUAGUCCUGGGAGUGUUUCUGGUGGUGCACCACUGCUUCCGGCGUCUGGAUGUACAGGCAUCCUGGCUGUCAUGCUGCCCGGGCUAUCGCCGCUCCCAACCCAUGUCAACGUACACACACACCUGCACCACUGGAAGUGGAGGGCAAACCUCUGAGCAGGGAUCUCAACUUUUCAUCAACUGCCAUCCACCCAAUGACUCUCAUAACUCCUCAUCAGCCAGGUCAUCUUCCACUCCAAGUGGAAUCAGCAGUGUGGGGCCCGGGCCAUGCAAGCUCACCAAUUUACUGCAAGUGGCACAAGACAAUCCAAACAACACGUCACGUGCCCCUAUGGGCACGAACACCAGCACCAGUACUGACAACAUCACCAAGCCAACAAACAACAUUCUCCCCUCCCUCAACUCUGCCGCUCUAGUGCAUUCCCAGAGGAGGAAGGUCAGCAGCAGAACUAAACUAGGGAGUAGCCAAUAUCAUCAUCAUCGCAGUGAGAGUAGAGGUCACUACCGUCUCAAAGCUUUAAGGACUGCUGGAGGCGGGGGGAGCCUGGGAGCACUAGGACCGACUGGUUUAGAUAACCUCAAUUCUUUACACGGUGUUUACAAACAGGCGACGAGCGAGAAUGGCAGCGUCCACCACAGCCUCUCAGAGAGCCAGGCCGGCCCACAAACCAACGGCAAGCGAGCCGGAGACGUUAUGGUCACGAGCCCCUCAGAGGGGAGCGACGGCGGCAGCAGCGGCAGCCGCAAACCUUUCCCCUUGCUGCCUUCCAUGGCCAGCAGAGCAGCUAUGCACUGCGCUCAAAGGCGCUGUGCCAGUAGAGACAACUUAAAACUGGCUGCUGCCGUGGAGAGAGAAGCCAAGCGCUGCUCCUACCCUUUGAACAGUGUCACCACUACAGUGCCAGGGGCAGCCACUCCAAAUGGCAACAUCAAAAACUCUGUCAUAGAGCUGGAGCAGGAUAUGAGUGGUACUGACCAAUCCCAGAGCUCCGUCGGAAUGAAGAGUGGUUUAUGGAAGAGUGAAACCACAGUGUGACCGACACGUAUUUCUGAGCUUCUAUGGAUGAUCUCAACAUAUUCUUAAUUGGGUCAUGUUUCAAUGGUCUCAUGAUUAUAAUAAUUAUAUAAUUUAUAUAAAAUCAUGGAGGCAUCCAGGAACCUAAACUGGUAUCUUUGCCUCAGCAGAAUUAUAAGUUUUCUGUGAAAUGGUAAAAGUGGCAAGUUUUUUAUAUAUUUUAUUUUAAAUAGUACUUUUCAAAGACUGGAUACUCAUUUAUUGAUGAAAUCACAAAAACCAUAUGAUAUUUCUGAGAUUGGCAUAUAAUGUUGAUUUUGGAAGUCUAAUAAAAGCUUUAUUGUUUGAUUUUUCUAUGCAUUUCAGCUAUAGCAUGAAAUGGAACAGCCCAUUUCCGAAGUACAGCUCUGCAUUUAAUCUUAGGGCAGACUUUCACACUUACGUGUUCUUCAAGUAAUUGCGUGUUUUCAUGUAGGCACUUGUAUGUUCUGUGUGUGUGUGUGUAUUUGUGUGUGCGUGCCUGUGUGCACAUAAUAGAGUCUAUGCAUGGGUGUGGGUGUACAGAAUCUCAGAAUGAAUUAAAAAGCUAUGCAAGACUUUGAAUAUAUA